AUGAAUUCUUCAAAUCAAGGUGGCAGCGCUUUAGCGUAUAUGCUACAGAAGGGUUCAGCGCGCGUUCCGGCUAUAGUAAAACGAACCAGAGAUUCAAUGGAUGGGUUCUACGCCACAUCGAAUUUCACCGCACCGCAGAAGGUGAUGAUGAAUAAUCAGUUCCCAUCAAUCGCCGGCGAUGGUGUCAGCAACUUUUUUAGUCAAGUCCAGAAUUACCAGUUGGACAUCGAUAGCAUCUUAUCUCAACAUACAAAGAAGAUAAAAAUAGAAUUGGAAAGGAGCCAAAACCAUCAUGCCAGAAUGGUUGUAGCAGCAAUAAGAGAAGGUGUAAUGAAGAAACUGAACGAAAAGGAUGAACAUAUUCAGAGAAUGGACAGGUUCAACUCAGUUCUUCAAGAAAGAUUGAAAUGUUUGUUUGUCGAAAAUCAAAUGUACAAAAACUUGGCAGAGACAAAUGAGGCAAUGGCCAAUUCUUUGCGUGCCCACAUGGAAGAAAUCCUAAGGAAUGUUAACAAGCAGCCUCCCUCAGACGGCGAUGGUGGCCGAAGGGCCGUGGUAGAGGAUGCCGAGUCGUGUUGCGGCAGUAACGCGUGCGAGAGGGAGAGGAAAUUGGCGGAGAAAGAAAGCAAGAUGUGCAACAAGUGCAGGAAAAAGGAGUCGUGUGUGUUGUUGCUACCGUGCCGACACCUCUGCCUGUGUGAGGUGUGCGGCGGUGGUUCCAAUCAACUAAAAGAGUGCCUAGUAUGCAACACUUAUACGAGUGCAACAUUGCAUGUUAACAUGUCGUUUUAA